AUGCAGAAAUCAGUCAGAGUGGGCGACUAUUUUGAUAAUGAUGACAAUGGUUUAUGGUCGUGGUACCUAACAAACCUAAGAUUAGGUGAUUUCGAAGAACUCAUAGGCAAUCAAUUAAAGUAUACUCUAUUGAAAAGAUUUCUAAAUAGUCAUUUUUAUGGUGAUAACAGCAUUUCUGUGAGAUCUAACAAGAAAAUUUUGUUAGUCUCCAUCCCUGAGAAUGUUCAUGAAGAUAUUUCUAUAUUAGAAAUCUUUCUUAAAGAUUACUUCCACCUGGAAAAGUUAGAACACAUUCAAAUCUCCAAAUUGACUCAUUCACACUGUUACAACCAUGAAAAUCACUAUUUGUUGACGGACAACCUCAAUAACUUUCAAGAUCCUACCUUCUUAGAAUUUGCAAGUACAAGUUGGCAAGUUCAAAAAAAUUCAAAGGCCUUAAAUAACAAUAAUAGAAGUCUAAUACACCCGCCCACAAUAUCUUCAUCAAAGACUUCAAAUGGGCAGCUAAAAUCAAGCACUUCAGAUGAACAAUGGUCAAAUAUAAACACGCAGACUCCAACGGGUACACGAACUAAUACGAAUACGAGAACUAUAACAUCUCCAAAUACAGCUGAUAUAUGCCUCACAUCAGCAAAUAGACAAAGCAAUAAUUAUGCUGUGCCUCAAGACAGUGAAAAUCGAAAUGAUGGAGAGGAUGCAGCGGAUGAUACUACAAGUUCCAUAGUUUUAAACUUUUCUCACUCCCGAGCACUAGAGCCAAAGACCAGUAGACUGCCAAAAAUCUUUCCACCAUACACUAACGAAGAAUACACACCAUCACAUUCUGAAAUAGUAUCAAUAGAUAGUUUUGCUGGAGAAGACGUAUCAUCAACUUAUCCUGGACAAGAUCUGAGUUUAACCACUGCAAGAUGUGAAGAUGACAACGAUCAAGAUGAUGUUGAAGGUCAUUAUAACAGGACGUCAAACGAUCUUAAUGAUAAAAGUACAAACCAAAUAAGAUUAAACAUGGAAAGUUCUGUUAGCUGCACGAGUUGUAGUAGCAGUAGCAGUAGCAGUAUUCGCUACAGUUUAAGUAGUACUAGCCGAGCUAGCCUGAAGCGUGAAAGUGCUGAUCAUACGAACGCCACAUAUGUCUCUGAGUUGUCAAGUAUAACGAGUUCCAUAGAUAAUUUAACUACUUCUACAACCCCAGAAGAGGAAGAUCAUUUAAUUCAUCACAAUUAUGAUGCUCAAGGAUAUGCAUCAAGAGAGGAUGAAGUAGAGGAAGUUGAUGAUGAUGCAGACCUCUCUUCUUCUGACUACUCAGUACUAUCCAUUCUACCCUCGAUCUCAAUCUGUGAUUCACUGGGUUAUUUUAGGCUAGUUUUGCAAUCAAUAUUAAUACAGGAUCCAGACACUAAAGAAAUUUUCACUGCAAUUAGGCAAUCAAACAAUAGACCUACAAUAGCGAGCGUUACAGAUGAUUGGCUGUUGUAUGAUUCAAAUUUUUCAAUGAAUAAUUUACAAAUUCUAACACUUCAAGACUUACUAGAUAUCAAGAGGUCAUUCCCCAAAAUUUUAUUCUAUACAAUGGUUAUCGUGACAGAAUCAGGUCAACAGAUUGAAGAAGAACCUAAGAAUCCUAAUUAUGGAACUAGAGAAGACAUGUUGAAAGAACAACCUCUAAAUUCCGAUUUAUUAUUAUCUCAUGACCCAAAGCAAUAUUUUCCAAAUGCAUAUAAUAACGAUUAUGAUGAGUAUAUUGAUGACGAAGACGAUGACGACGACGCUUCAUUGUCCGAACAGUCGGGCCCACAAAUGUAUAUACCUACUAGAAUGGAAUCUAAUGUAACUACAGCACACCGUUCAAUAAGGACCGUCAACAGUAUUGGUGAGUGGGCGUUCAAUAGACAUAAUUCCGUCACUAAGAUUAAUAAGAGUAAUAGUAACGAAUCGGACGAUUCUGAGAAUAAUGAUGAUAGACUCUCAUCGGAUGAACCUUACCCAAUGACACAAAUAUCCAACUUCAAUACAAGUUCAUCGAAUUUCAGUCAUUCAUUGAAGAAAAAAAAUACUUCCAAAGUUAACUCUAAAAUUAACAACGAAAGUAACUCCAAGAGUGAGUUAAAAAAGAUAAAGAACUCCAUUAAUGCUAUGAGUGCGGUAGAAAGGUCCAAAAGUUUACCAUUACCCACACUAUUGAAGUCUCUGAGCAGCAUAGACAAUAAUACCCAUGGCACCAACAAGGAUAGAAAACGUUGGAAGUUUCAGAUGAAUAGGUUCCGGAAUCAUAAAAACAGUGGUUCUGCAAGUAUGGAUAAAUCUCAACGUUGUGUCAUGAUGUGA